GUUAACACUCCUGGGGGCUCCAGGGUUAGGGUUGCAACAUGUUUUGGUUAGAAAUGACUCAUUACUGCUGCUGGGAGAUUUAUAAACUUGGGAAAGGGGGAGGGAAGGCCUGGAUGGAUUGAUGGAACAGAGAGGGCAGAGCAAAGCCUGAGCUAGGAGAAAGAGGAGGUGGAGAGACAGAUCCAGAACUGCUUUGGUCAAUUUGCAAAAAAUAAAAAGGUUUUAAAAGAGAUCAGUAAGGUGUCCAGGGCUUCCUAAGAAACUGUUGCUGGUGAGGACUGCAGAGAAAUUAGGCAUGAAGAUGCCAUGGCCAAAGCUUCUCUUCUUAAUCUACACUUCUUUCCUGUCCGCCAAAAGUGCAGCUGUCAAACGGGUGGAGGAGAAAGAAGCCCUGGAAUACCUGAUGCAGUUUGGCUAUCUUCAGAAGCCCCUGGAACAGGUCACAGAUGACUUCACAAAAGAAGAGAUUGCAGAUGCAGUGAGGUCUUUCCAGAUGGCCUCAGGACUGCCUGUCACUGGUCAAGUGGAUGCAGCAACCCUCACGCAAAUGCGGCAGCCCCGCUGUGGUGUCGAAGACCCCUUCAAUGAGAGAACCUUUAAAUAUCAACUCCUGGGUCGCUGGCGCAAGAAGCGUCUAACUUACCGGAUCUACAGCCACAGUGUGGGCUUGGGGGCUACAGCCACACGCAAGGCCAUCCAGACAGCUUUCAAGUACUGGAGUGACAUGGCACAGCUCACCUUCCAGGAGGUGCGGACCGGCCGUGCUGACAUCCGCCUCUCCUUCCACGGUUCCUCUCCUUGGGGCUGCUCACGGCCCUUCGAUGGGCCUGGACAUGUACUGGCCCACGCUGACAUCCCUGAAUUAGGCACAGUUCACUUUGAUUCUGAUGAGAAAUGGACAGAGGGAACACCACAUGGGGUCAACCUGCGUAUCAUUGCUGCCCAUGAGAUUGGCCAUGCGCUGGGACUAGGUCAUUCGCGGCACCCGGCAGCACUGAUGGCACCCACCUACAGCGGGUAUCAGGCACGCUUCCACCUGCACCCCGAUGACGUCAAAGGCAUCCAGGCCCUCUAUGGCAAAAGAACUAUGCCAACAACAACAACAGUGACCUCUCCUCCUGCUCUCACCACUCUCCCCGUCAUCUCCUUGCGGCCUAGUAAAGUCCCUAACCCGUGUAAAGAUGGAUUAGAUGCUAUCAUGUUGGGACCAUAUGACAAGACCUAUGCUUUCCGUGGUGAUUAUGUUUGGACAGUGACAGACUUUGGUGCCAACCCACCUUUGAAGAUCCAAACUCUAUGGAAGGGGCUGCCCGGAUGGCUGGAUGCUGCUGUUCAUUCUCCCCGGACUGGCCGCACCUAUUUCUUCAAAGGUACUAAGCUGUGGCGUUACCAGGGUUUCAAGCUGGAUCCUGGCUAUCCAAAACCACUCACCCGUAUCCCACCUAAGAUAGAUGCUGCCCUCUACUGGCCAAGAAACAAGAAGCUCUUCUUCUUUAAGGAUACUAACUACUGGCAAUGGGAUGAACUGGGCUUGAGCCCCUUCAUCACUCAACCAAGGAAGAUCUCCAGCCUUUUCACAGGAGCCCCGUCUUACCUGGAUGCUGCGUUCACCUGGGAAAACGGCAAGAUGUACCUUUUCAAGAGGGAGAAAUACUGGCGGCUCAGUGACCAGCUGCGAGUGGAUAGAGGCUACCCUUUAAGCACAGCUGAGCGCUGGAUGAACUGCUAAUGUUACCCACAGGUGUUCAAGCAUGCUCCCUGGGACUCAGAACAAGUUCCAAGACUAAGUAGUCAGGAUUUUUUUAAAAACAGAGCAAACAGCAUCCCCUACAGGUGGCACUGAGGAACAACAGCUCCUCUGGAAAGGGAAUAUGAUUGGGGAACAUGGAGAUGGAAAAUAAGUUGACACCUUUGUAGUCCUCUUGUUCCUGAUGGACUUUACACUGACAAAAUAAACACACACUUUUCUUUUCUAAUGCCAGGGUAUGUAAGCAUCCCAUUUCCUUUGACAUCAGCAUGAAUGGCAGCAGGGGCUAGCCUGGUUUCAGAACAGGUGAAGGUAUGUGAUGGAACCAGAAAAAUGAGAAGAGACAUUUCAUUUAAGGGUUAGCCAUUCUUAAAAGCGGUGAAGGUGGUGCAAUAGAAGCAUGAUGUGUGAAUGCUGAUCCCACUGCAAUAUCUCAUCAGACAACUGAGCAGGUUUUUAGAGCAACACAUUGUUGUCUACCCCUCCCCGCUAUAUACACACUAAAAGGACUGGGUAUUUUUAAGGAAGGCUAAAAUUUCAGCAGAAAGCAUUGGAAUAGGCUCCUGCAAAAUACACACAGAGCCCCUUCCUGCCCAUGUUUGUGGUUACUAGUAAGGAAUCAGAGGGCUAUUAUAGAUUGAGUAGCUUGGAAUACAAUCCCAGGAUCUGGCAGUAUCUGAAGAUGCUGGUGCCCAGGAUGUGAGCAAAUGUAUCUGGGUGGUGGCAUCAUGUCACAUGUAUUCACAAUAAAAAGUUGUGAUCUUGUAAA